UUUCAAGCAAGGCGCGAAACAGGCGCGACAAGCCAUCAUCCUCUGAUUACCCGUCGGUGCGGCUGGGCCGUUGACUUGCAUUGCACACGCAACGCCGCCGCCUCCAUGUGGGGAAGCAAACGCGAGCGCCUUCUAUAGUUUAUAUAAAUACCCCUGUCGAGUUGGAUCGGAUUAUCCAUCUCUCGCAAUCUAGGCGUUUUCUCUCCUCCUGUCUUCGCUGCAAGUUCGUGGUCGAUCCAGCAACCAGACAGGGCCGACCGCGGAGGCCGGAGGAGGGUGAUGGCGCAGCAGGGGACGCUGGAGGUGCUGCUCGUCGGAGCCAAGGGCCUCGAGAACACCGAUUACCUGAGUAACAUGGAUCCCUACGCGCUUCUGCAAUGUCGCUCCCAUGAGCAGAAGAGCAGCGUUGCAUCUGGCAAAGGAUGUGAGCCAGAAUGGAACGAGACCUUUGUGUUCACCGUCUCCGAUGGCGCAACAGAGCUAUUCAUCAAGCUCCUCGACAGUGACGGUGGCACUGAUGACGAUUUUGUUGGUGAAGCAACGAUUCCCCUGGAAGCAGUUUAUACAGAAGGAAGCAUCCCUCCAACUGUUUACAAUGUUGUGAAAGACGAAGAAUACCGCGGAGAAAUCAAAGUUGGUCUCACAUUCACUCCAGAGGAUUCUCGUGAUCAGGGUUUCUGAGGAUAAGUUGGCGUGGCUGGAAGCACGCAGUCGUCUUAUAAGAAGCAGACCGAUUCUUCCUACUGAUGUAUUAUUACUGCAGUUCAUCAGUCGUCUUAUAAGAACCCUGCAACUUAUAUUACUCUAAAAACCAGUUCGACAGUUCCUGUAUUUGAUCCCUUGUCCUGUACUGAAACCUGUAAUAAUGGUGCUGGCCACUUGCGUGAGCUACGGCUGACCCCCACUCUUGAUGUUCAGUUAACUUGUCGCGAUUACAA